AUGCAGGGGAAUAAGAAGUGCACGGACGGGUUCAGUGACUCCUCGAGCAUUGGCAGCGUGCUGGACGAUGCAGACAGAGAGGUGAGCAGCCUCACAGACCGGGCGUUCCGAAGCUUGUGCAUCUCCGAGGACGCAUCCUUCAAUGACUCUGACCUGACCCUGUCCCCCGAUAUCACCCGCCAGGUGUUUGGGAAUCUUCACCAGGGAACGGUGAGCCACACCCACAGGAAAAGCGGCCUUUGGAGCCAGUUACCAUCCCAAGGCACCGAGCAUGCGGGCUGGGCAGCCACGUUCCAACAGCUACCCAAGUACGUUCAAGGGGAGGAAAAGUACCCCAAAAGCAGCCCUCCACUGACGCCAGCCCAGAGGAUACUGGAGGUGCCCAUUUCCGGCCUGAGGAGCAGCAACAAGCCUGUUUCUAAAGUGUCAUCACUGAUUAAAUCUUUCGACAGGACUGAGAGCCAACGCUGUGACAGCAGGCCUCCUACCAGUAAGCCCCCGGCUCUCAAGAACCCCCCCAAAUUUGCUCCUCUGCCAGAAAGUGGUGUCAACUUCUGCUUCGAUUCUGCCUUUCUGACUGUCAGAAGGGUGCCCGCUGAAGUCUCUGGCGCCCAUCAGAAUAGCCACCAGCCUGGCAAGAAGCACGGAGAGCAGGAGUCCCCCAAGGACCCCGAGAUGGCCUGUCACAGCUCCGGCAGCUUCCUCCCAACACCCGAAAAUGUGGCCGGUGCGUUCGAGUCAAAGUUCCCUUCUCCACCACGUAAGCCAUCCAAGGGCGAGCCUGGAAGAGGUAAGGAGUGGCCUCGCAAAGUGACCUUUCUUCAUAGUGAAAACAGUGCUUUUGAGUCGUGGAACGCCCACCAACCGAGGCUGCCCGAGAGAAAGGAGGCUUUUGACCCUGUCCCAGAAAGCAAAGCCCCCAAGCAUUAUGAGAACAUGCCCUUGUUAAAAGAGCCCCCGGCCUCUGAGCACAAAGUCUCCCCCUGCCAAGCCCGGGCCAGCUGCAGUCAGGAGGAGAGCAGGCUGGCCCCAGGGGCUGUCUCCACAUCAGGACCCUGGGGACCUAGGGAUUCAGGGGCCCAGGUAUUCAGUGCAGAGGGAAAAGCUUCUGGCGCACAGCCUGACCUUCAGGGGAAGCCCACCCAGCCCCCAUGGAGGAAACCAAAGUCCGGCAAAGGAAAGAAAGAAAGUCUACAAGACACAUCAGAAGAGAAGAAGCAGGCCACUAGAAGAGGCCCAGCCUUGUACACAAAGCACAAUCCCCAGGGACAAUUUCCAGAAAACGAGGCUCCUGACAUGUCCAUGGACCCUAAUGAGCAUUACAGUCCUCCUUUUAAUAUCAGUAAGCUUCUGACCCCCAUCAUCCCCACCAAGAAUCUCCUGGAGCCAUCUGACAGCCAGCCAGUGGAGAUGGCCCCAUCGCCCUCAGGACAGCUAAAUGGGUACCAAGAAAAGGACCCUAGUGAAUGUCAGUCUCGGGACAGCUACAAAUCCAAAGCCCCUAGCCUGCUGUUCAACCUCAAGGACGUGCGGAAGCGUGUCAAGAGCACAUAUAGUCCCUCACCUCUCUUAAAAGGCCUUGAGGAGAAAACCAGAGGCAAGCAAGAACCCGUGAGCAAUGGCAUCAUCCUUCCCAAUGGGCUUGAGGAGAGCCCUCCAAAUGAGCUUUCUAAGGAAACAGCAGCUGACGCCCCUUCUGUGUCCCACAUCAGCACCCAGAUGGACCAUAAAGCUGACCCUGGUGCAGCCUCUGCAGACAAGUAUCUCACUCUUAACUCACCUCCAGCCAUCACCCAAGCCCCCUUCUCCAUCAAUGGGGAGGGAGCUGACAGAAACAGCUAUGAGAAGGAUGAUGCAGAACCAGAAAUGGGCACUGCCAGGUCCGGCAAAUAUCCAGAGUCGAGGGAACACUGCCCCAGGAAGCACCUUUCUCUGAGGCUUUGCAACAGAGAGCCUGAGGCAGGGAAGGCUGGAGAGAAACCAAAGACCCCCAGCCUAGAGAAGGGGUUCUCGAGAUCCAUGUCUCAAGAGACAGAACCUGAGAGAGAGGCAGGUCUUCAGAAUCCAAACUUCAACCAGAAAUUCUCCCCAGGGCCCCUCUCUCCCGAGGAAGAAGAUGUAUUCUAUAGUGACAGCCAGUCCGAUUUCAUGCCAUGCUUCAAAAGUAAGGCCAAAUUCAGCACCAGCUCUUCGGACCAGUCCUUUGCCUCAUUUGAGGAUCAGCAGAAGACGUGGUUCACUGAGAGCCAGCAGGAAGACAGGAGGAAUGAUGAAAGUGCAGGUGACAGUCAGAAGGACGAGAAGGAAAAAGAGAUAGGGAAAGACGAGUUACGGCCCAGAGCCUUAAGUAAUGGACAUGCACGCGUGCAGGAGCACAGCCAGGGGGCAUCGUUGCAAGAAGGAGAAAGCUCAUCUGGUUGUAGACCCAGGAAGGCAUCGAGAGAGGAAGCUAACUUCAGAGGCACUUGGAUCGUGGGAAGUAAGGAUACAAUGAGAGACCCUACCCCCUCGCCAUCUUCCACUAUGAACAAGCAUAUACUGUUUGCAAUUAAAGACAACACCCUCAGGGCCACCCCCGUGAUAAAACCCAUCAUGCUGCCCCUCCUGAGGACCGUGUCAUCAGAGGACUCGAUGGGCAGCAGCCACAAAGAAGAAGACCUGCCAAAACCAGGCUGGGGAGAAGAGGCUGGGCUUUGUGGCCCCGAGAGCCAAAAAGUGGCCAACACCCCCACACCCACUAACACGCAGGGCUCACGCUCGAAGCACACGGCCUGGGAGAGCACGGAGGACCACAGGCAGGUGCCAGCGCCAAUGGAGAAUGUCACAUCUCCUCCACUCGCAGGAGAGGCUGAAGGGCUGAAGCCACUCCCAGAGGCCGCAUGUCGAGUUGUGCCAAAUGACGGCACAGUCCAGGGGAAGCUGGAUGCUCCGAGGUGCAUCCCCACCAUCGCUCUGCCUGAGGGUGACCCUGAAGACCAGCCACCCUCACAGCAGCUGGGAACCUGUUGGGAAGAACACACACAAGAUUUCAAAAGCCACUUACUGUCUACACCCCGAGUAGGGCCCCUGGGGAGACGACUGGUCCCCGGCGAGACGGCAACUUCCCCCAAUGCCAGCUCCCCGGACAGGAGCAGCGGGUGCUCCCCAGCCACCAGCAGCAUCUGGGACGAUGUCUCCCAGGCCCCCAGUGAGCCGGGCCUGCUGCCAGGGGAGCCUGCUCACCCCAGCCCCUGGGCCAACCCCUACCCUGCCAGGGUUGCCCGCAGGGAGGACCUGACACAUGCUCUCACGUGGGAGGCUGGCUCCGACCCCCAACUUGAGCCAUCUGCAGAAGACCUCAGGACACUUUCUCCAAGAGGCUCAGUGCUGGACGCGGCCGCCAGCUCAGCAGGCCUGCCUGAGAAACCAGAACCUGCCGCUCAGCUGGAGAGGGCGGCCGGCAAGCCUCCUGCAGUCCCACCCAAAACAGAGAAGGCCCUGCGGCGGGCGAAAAAGCUGGCCAGCAAGAGGAGAAAGACCGACCAACUGCAAGAAAAGUAUAAUGAACCCCUGGAAGAGAAGCAGUGCUUGGAGGACUGCGACCGAGGGCCAGCACUCCCUGGAGAGAGGCCCCGACCCAGGUGCCCCGGGGUCCGCUCCCUGCCCCCUCCCAUCCACCGCCACUCAGUGUCUGCCUUCUCAGAGCCCAUCAGGAGGCAGCCUGGGGGAUCCCAGUGCCUUACGCCCCUGCCCCCUUACCCUGCCACCCAGAAGGUCCUCCAAGACCCUCAAUCUGGAGAGUACUUUGUCUUCGAUCUGCCACUCCAGAUGAAAAUCAAGACCUUCUAUGACCCUGAGACAGGCAAAUACGUCAAGGUCUCCAUCCCAACCUCUGAGGAGGGCUCCCCGGAGCCACCCCCACCAGACACACUGGAUGCUCCCUACAUGCUGUACCCCCACUUCCAGCCCCUGCCCGUGACGGCCUUGAUGCCGCUGCGGUGCUCCUCUCAGCUGUCUGCCCCCACCUUCCUAAAUCAGGGCCCUCACAUCACCACCGAGGCAGCUGGGAUGGGUCUCCCGAGGGCCCGCGAGGCCGCUCUGCAGCUACAGCUGGGCGCGAGGCCUCGUGGGGACCCCACCCAGCACUCCGCAGGCCAGCGCCCGGAUGCUCCUCCCCCGAGCCUAGGGGAGGAGGGGGGAGAUACCCCUCGCCUGGGCAUCAUCUCCACCAACGACCUAGAGGACUUUGCCACAGAAGGCAUUUCUUGAGAAUUACAGCUGACUACCCCCCCACACCAGAAUAAACCCAGAAGAACUUACUUCCCC